UGUGUGUUUGUACAGUGCUGAUAAAGUUGUGUGUUUGUACAGUGCUGAUAAAGUUGUGUGUUUGUACAGUGCUUAUGUAAGAAUGUGUCACAUUUUGUUUUACAGGAAGGAAAUUAGAUUUUGAUAUAAAUUCAGAAUUCUGACAUUGCUUUUCCCCCCUUUAAACUCAAUACAUUUUGGCCCUAAUGCUCUUCCAUACAGUAUUUAAGGUUACUAUCAUUGACAGUCGUUCAACUCACAGCAUCCAAUCACAAGAGGCCUGGAGAGAGAAGAGCAGGCUACUGGCGAAUCAGAGCAGGGGAGGGUGGCUCCAGAUGAAGGCAGGACGAGAAGAAAGUUUCUCACUUAGAUUGUGUGAAGUUGGUACCGGGACCCGGAGCAGGAUGUUGGAGCCGGUGCCGGUUAAGGUUCACCUGUUGGGCAUAGACGACUCAGUGAUGGAGGUCCGGAGGUUCGAGCUCUCUCCAGCAUAUUACCACCGCAACAUUAAGUAUGUUAACACCACGAUCACAGAGCUGUUUAAUCUGAAAAGAACUUUCAAGCUCUUCUACAAAGAUGAAGAUGGAGACAUGGUGGCGUUUUCCUCUGAUAAUGAACUGCGCACAGCCCUGAAUUGCAUAAAGGACAACACCUUCCGCGUCUUCAUCAAAAGGACUUUCUGGUGACCUUUGACCUCGGAGAACAUCUGAUGGAAACCUGAACACAAAGCCGCCCUGUGUUACUGACACACACACACACAC